AGCCCAGCGGCGGGGCACUACGGGAAGGCGGCGGCCACCGGCAGAGCAGGUCAAUUUCCUUAAAUAGUGCCAAAGGAAAGAGGAUGGAACCAGAAAAUACUGCCAAGGAAACAGUCCUCAUUACUGGAGGAGGUGGUUAUUUUGGCUUCCGUUUAGGUUGUGCCAUAUACCAAAAGGGAGUUGAUGUGAUUCUCUUUGAUGUCACGAAGCCACUUCAAACCGUGCCAGAGGGAAUAAAGUUCAUGCAAGGGGAUGUCUGUUGCCUGUCUGCACUGGAGGAGGCUCUCAGAGAUGUAAUCUGCGUAUUCCAUAUCGCUUCCUAUGGAAUGUCUGGCAGGGAGCAGCUGAACCGAAAACUUAUAGAAGAUGUUAAUGUGAAAGGAACAGAAAAUGUCAUCCAAGCCUGCAAGAGCACAGGAGUGUCAAGUCUGGUUUAUACAAGCACGUAUAACGUGAUAUUUGGAGGCCAGAUUAUAGAAAAUGGGGACGAAUCUCUGCCUUAUCUACCGCUUCACCUUCAUCCAGAUCACUACUCCCGGACCAAAUCUGUAGCUGAAAUGAAGGUGCUGGAGGCAAACGGUGCUGAGCUUGGAAACGGGAAAGGUGUGUUAAGGACCUGUGCUCUCCGACCAGCAGGCAUCUAUGGGCCUGGAGAACAAAGACAUCUCCCAAGAAUAGUUAGUUACAUUGAAAGGGGACUGUUUAAAUUUGUAUAUGGAGAUCCUCUUAGUUUAGUAGAAUUUGUGCACGUCGACAAUCUGGUUCAGGCUCAUAUCCUUGCCUCCGAGGCCCUAAAAGCCAACAAAAAGCACGUAGCUGCAGGCCAAGCCUAUUUUAUUUCAGAUGGUAGGCCUGUAAAUAACUUUGAAUUUUUCAGACCGUUAGUGGAAGGUUUGGGUUACAAGUUCCCAACCUGUCGUCUUCCUCUCUCCCUUGUCUAUUUUUUUGCAUUCCUUACUGAAAUAGUUCAUUUCCUUGUAGGUCACAUUUAUAAUUUUCAGCCUCUCCUCACGCGCACAGAGGUUUACAAAACUGGGGUGACGCAUUAUUUUAGCAUGGAGAAGGCCAGAAAGGAGCUGGGGUAUGAGCCCCAGCAAUACAGCCUGAACGAGGUGGUCGAGUGGUUUAGAUCUCAGGGAUGCGGAUCGAAGCCGAGGAAAUACACCACUGUGCAUCUUGUGAGGGAUGGAGGAUUGCUCUUGCUGCUGCUGGCUCUGGUGGUCUCGUGGUUUCCAUCCGCAGUUUCACUGUCACUCUGAAAAACGAAACACUGAGUGUGGAGAACAGAAUUUAGUUAUGGUUUCUGAGCACUUUUGCUUUUGACAGACAGGUUAAAUAAAAAAACCACACCAAAACAAGAAUUAAUACACGUUUGUGUCAUUCAGGUAAAUGCCUUCAACAGUUUUAUCCCUAGGAAGCAGAAAUGCUGAGUAAAAAAGUGUAAUUUUUAGAUAUGUUUCCUCUUCAGAGUAAAACUGAGCUUAGUAUUACUGCAAACAGUGUUUUAUUUUGGGGUACAGCAGCACACUGCAGCGAAUGGAACAAGUGUCCUUAGACUGACCCUUCUUCUCCCUGAUGGGAUUAUACUCUUCAUCCCUGCCCUUUAGUCCUAAAAAGUUUGUGCUGCAUGGUCCAGUGGAGAAGCAGCUGAGUCUUUGAUCACAUUCCAAAACCAGAUUCUGCUUUCCAGCUUGGAUGCAUAUAUACCUAACCAAGAUUAACUGAUAAACAAUAAAUAAAUAAAUGCUUUUUUUUCUUAAUUAAUACA